UCAAACCCACGGUUGGCUCAGUCAAAAUUGGUGAUCAAUCGUCGAAGGCAAGAAGGCAAUCCUAUCCUGAAAUAUAUUCGCAAUAUUCCAUUCGAAUGGACCGAUAUUAAGGCUGAUUUCGAGGUUGGCCGAGAGAUGGGUAUUUUGUAUUUGAGCUUGAAAUGGCAUAAACUACAUCCAUGUUAUAUCGAAAGUCGCAUGGCAUCAGAUUUGAAUGAAUACGCAAUCAAAGUAUUGUUGGUGUUGGUAAACAUUGAUCAGUAUUCGAUGCUACGUGAGUUGAAUCUUCUCUGUUAUCAAGCCAAUUUAAAACUUGUUCUAUGUUAUUCGGCUGGAGAAGCUGCCGAAUAUCUUGAAGGUUUGCAUUCAUCGAGGAACAAGAACGAGCAAAAUGUGGUAGAUGCGUUUCAAGAGAAAAAGAAGAAACGCCUAGGAAUCAGUGAAACAAGCCAGUCCACUGAGAUCAUUCAACAAGCGGUCGCUUUUUUGUGUAGCAUACGCUCGGUUACUACCUCAGAUGCACAACGUCUUAUCGGCACUUUCGGUAGCAUUAAAGCAAUCGCGAAUGCCGAUAUGGAAAAACUUUCAUUGUGCCCUGGUUUAGGUCCUAUCAAAGCUGAAAACAUCUACACGUUUUUCAGAGCGACGUUUAUUAAAAAAUGA